ACAACUCAAUUUUAAUAAGUAAAAAGGCAAUGGAAGAGUCACGAUCAUCCCACAGAAAGGAGAGGAUGCAGACGAAGAAGAAAACGGGUCGUGGGUCAGGGUCAGGAUCCGGGUCGAUACAGAUAAAGAUGAGGAAGCUCCGAGUGCUGAUACCGGGUGGGCGAAGAUUGAACCAACCGGAUCUGCUUCUAUCAAAGACUGCUGAUUAUAUUAUGCAUUUGGAGUUGAGGAUUAGAUAUUACUUAAAGAAGAAAAGGUCCAGUCUUUCUUCAUCACCAAACGAAUCUGAUCAAAACCCAGAAUUUUCCGACUCCGAUACUUACCAAAGACAGCUUCAACAGCUUUUUCAUCUCCACGAUUCAGGUCUAGAUCAAGCUUUAAUCGAUGCUCUUCCUGUGUUUCUUUACAAAGAGAUCAAAGGUACGAAGGAACCUUUUGAUUGUGCAGUGUGUCUUUGUGAAUUCUCGGAAGAUGAUAAGCUGAGAUUGCUUCCGAAUUGUAGUCACGCUUUUCACAUAGAUUGUAUCGAUACUUGGCUUCUCUCGAAUUCGACUUGUCCACUUUGUAGAGGAACCCUUUUCUCUUUAGGUCAUCAAUUUGAAUACCCGGAUUUCAAUUUCGGGUUUUUCGCCGGAGAUGAUGGAGGAGUUAGGGUUUCUCCGGUGCAGAAACCAGCUGAGAAUGAGAUUGGGAAGAGAGUGUUUUCAGUGAGGCUUGGUAAGUUUAGGAGCAGUAAUAUUGUCAACAAUGGUGAAGUAGUAGUAGGAGGAGGAGAGACAAGUAGUGGGUGUGUGAGCAGUAGUAGUCUUGAUAACAGAAGAUGUUUCUCAAUGGGGUCUUAUCAGUACAUAGUGGCUGAAUCAGAUCUGGUGGUGGCUUUGUGUCCUAAUAAUGAAGGAUUGAAGAAUGUGAAAGAAGGAGAGAGUAUUAAUAAGGAUGUUGAAGGGAAGAAGAUUAACAUGAGAAGUAAAGGUGAGAGCUUUUCUGUGUCAAAGAUUUGGCAAUGGUCUAAUAAGAGAUCAAAGUUUCCUAAUAAUCAUCCAUCAGAAACCAAUCUUGUGGUUGGUGGUUCUUCUUCUUCUUAUGCUUGUUCUGGAUCUGGGAGUACAGUUACUGCUGGGUUAGCAUUGAAUGGAAGAAGAUUUCAGGGUCCAUGAGAUUAAAGGGUACAGAUCAGAGAGGGUAGCUUAAUUCUGCCAUUGAUUUAAUUGAAUUAUUUGAUUUUGAGUUUUGGUGAAUUCUUUCUGGUUUAACACGAUACUGUAGUGUUCUUUUGUGUCCUCUGUAGCUGAAUCUCUUUGUGUAUCGAGGGGAAUAAGCUUUUGUUCUUUGAUGAUGUUAUAGUGAUACACUCUUAUAUGGGAUGUUUCUAGUUCUAAUCAAACUUUGUUCAUAAU